AUGGCGGAAGAUCCUGUGGAGGAUGCGCGGCAAUACCUGGCCCGCGACGAGCACCGAGCGAAGGCGCAAUUCACCACCUCACUAGAAGGGAGAAGCUCCGCGGAGCUCAUGGCGCUCCUCACCUCGAAGCGGGAAGGAGACGACGCUGACGUGUGCCGUGGGGACUGCAGCACAAAAAGCAGUGAGCAACGUGGGCGGGGUGUCAUGGAGGAUAAUUAUGAUGAUGUGGAAGGGGAUGUCCCACAUUUGUUAAAACAACAACAGGAGGAAGAUGCGGCGAGUAGCAGGACGAGCGCAGUACGUGUGGUGGAGGUCAGUCGUGUAGAAACAAGUCGCGAUGGUGCUUUCUCAGGACCUCUGGGAAGUGAGGGCCAACGCGGCGAGCAGGGAGAACACUGCAGUGCGGCGUGGGACGCCGUGCGCGCGGGUGAGCUUGUCACGAAAGAGGAGUUGGAGGGAGUCCGGCGGGAGUUAUUGAUGCAGGAGCGAGUUGUCAAGGCAUUGGAGGAAGAUAAUGUCAACCUGCAUACGGAGCGGCGCGUGCUUCGUGCAAAGCUGGCGGAACUGGAGAAGCGUGCGGUGAAUAUGGAGGCUAAGUACAGCCUGCUGACGAGCGGUCAGAGCCCCAAUCCACCACCUGCAGCUACGCCAACUCCAGUGCAACAGCAACAGCAGUUCAGCCAAGAUGAGAUACACGUGGAGUUGGAGCGACAGCGGACAGUCGUACGGGAGCUGCAGCUGGAACUAGAGCUGAUUCGCCGCGAAAAGAAAGACGUAGAAGCACGCCUUUCGAGCCUCGACACGAAAAAAAUUGAGGAAAUGGAAUUAGAGGUGCGCAACCUUCGUGUCGAUUUGAAACACAAGGAGACGGAGUGCCAAGAUACUGUGAAGGAUAUGGCACGGAAGAUUGCAUGGUAUGUUGAACACCAGGAGUUCAACCACGCACAAGAGGAGCUGCUGAAGCAGCAGCAGGACACUAUCCGCCGCUUGCGCACACGGCUCCACGAGGUGGGUGCGAUGGACGGCGAGGGCAAGCACCCACGCGUGGGGAAAGACGCACGCGUACGCUACCUCACCAAGCGUGUGGUUGAACUUGAAGAGGCACUCAACAGCAAACACCCGGACAGUAUUGCUCAGCUCAUUCGCAGCUGUCAACCGUCGGUGCAGGACUCGAAGCAGUUCAAGCAACUCAACCUCCGAAUCAAGGAGCUGGAGGAGGCCCUUGUGGAGAAGGAUCGUUGUGCUGAAGCCGCCGUCACACGCCUGCGGGUGGAAACGGACCGCAUGAAGAUCCAAUACCAAGAACGCAUUGACAAGCUGGAAGAGGAUCUCAAGCUUCGGUUGCUGCACGCACAAACACGGCGGGUGCGUGAAUUAGAAAAACACCUGGCCGAGGCGCGACAGGCCCUGCGGGAAAGGAGCAAGGAGAAGGCACCUCCAUCGGUGCCUGUUGAAGUGGAGGCAGCUGUAGAAGCAACUGCUGCUACCUCUGGAUAUGUGCACGAAAAGGGUGUAGAUGCAUCAUCCGCACAACGAGAGCCUAAGGCGGUGGUGACAGCAACGCCAACGGGGGUAGGCAACCAUGCGGACGAAGUCAUUGCCCUCCUCCGCCAAGAGAAUGAAGCACUGCGAGGUCAGUUAUCGCAAACUACAUCUGAGGCGGUAAAAGGUGUUGUUGUGCCAAUAAUGUCCCAUGGCGUUGAGGUUGGCGCUGCCUCAACGGGUGUCAUCUCAAGCAUGCAGGCGCAAAUCAGCACACUCAUAGCGGAGCUGGCAGUGUAUAAGCGGUUGCUGAUGGAGAAUCAAGAAUCCCUGCGCGAUGCACAUGCCCGUUGGGAGGAGCGCCUGCUAACGGUGAGACAGGAGUGUCAGUCACAGAUGCAGCGCAUGCGGCAGGAGCACAACGACGAUAUUUCGCGGAUACAAGAGCAUCACCAGCGCGAAAUGAAGUCCGUCGCAGAACAGCAACGGGCAGAAGAAGAAGCCUCGUUGGCUCUGCAAAAACUUGCCCAAGGCCCUCUUGACGGGCCGCGGCAUAGUCGUGCCUUCCUGCAGAGUGUUGCCGAACGACUGGCAUAUCUUGAACGGCGUCAGGUGCAGAAGGAACGGGAAUCCGCACACGAGAUUGUAGAGGUCAAACGCAUUGCUGACUUUGAACUCGCACUGGCGACACAGAAAGCCGAGAUGAUGCUUGAGCAAAAGAACCAGCAAAUACAAGAAUUCCGCUUGCAAUUAGAUCAACUGCUCGCAAAUCUUGCACUCCUACAGCCCUAUGCAUAG